CUUCCUCCAUGCUGUGACUGUGACGUGCCGCACCUCAAUGAAAGUUUAAAUUGUUUGCGUCGUGUUAUGUAAAAAUCUAUGUACAUGAUUUACGGGACAGACAAACUUUUCGCUCCUUAUUAAAUCUGUGGUAGAUUGGUGUAACACAAGAGAAACAAGUGGAUAUUGAGUCAUAUAGCCCUGCUUGCACUUGUCGCAAGUUGGCGACCCAUGUAGCCCAGGCCCAUAUAUCAAGGCCUGUGUGAGGCUGGCCGGAGGACUAGGAAUUUGAUGACUGGAGUGGCUUCCGGGUUAGCGGAGCACCACUUGCAUCUUGCAAUGGAGGAUUUUGGUCACCGUGUUUUAAUUAUCCUGUCGGUGGUUUUCAGUGUCAGAGGAGACACAGUUUACUUAACAAUGGUCACGUCAACACCUUAUGGGGCGGGGUCUUCAGCUAGCAUCAGCUGUUUCCGUAGCAGUCCUGAUGAAAAUGUGACAUUGAGCUUUGGCAGACCACUCCAGAUAGGUCUCCGAGGUUCUACAGUACAAACCUCAACCACCCUCCCUGCUGGCAGUACACAAUCAGUAAAUGGACAAGCAGUCACGUGGGAUCUUACCUCCAGUAAUGAUGCCACUGGGUUGUUUUAUUGUGAAGGUUCAAACAGAAACUUGACGACAAGGGUUUACAGCAUCAUCCACAGUAUUCACAGAAGAUUUGAGCCACAUAAUGGACUGGUGACAAAGACUAUCAAUAAAGGAGAAGAUGUAACCCUUAUGAUUGACUCCGUAAAUUCCAGUACCCGGCCUCUGUGGCAUAGGAAUAAUAAUAGAACUGCCGUCCGUUUACAUGCUUAUGAUGGCAUGUACAACAUUACAAUUCCCUCUGGCAACAUCAGUGAUGGGGAUUUGUAUGCCACUAUUGAGAAUUUACUCUCAGUGAAUGAUAAUCACUUCAGCCUGAUCAGACUCAUCGUCAGAGGUUGUACCACAGGCAGGUGGGGUCCUCCAAGCUGUGAAGAUGUGUGUGACAUGUGCUACAAUGGAGGAGUGUGUAAUGAUGAGACAGGAGAUUGCAUCUGCCCACCAGGAUUCAGUGGACCAAACUGCCUCACUGCAUGUGGUAUGCACAAAUUUGGCUGGAAUUGUGAGUUUGAUUGUGGAUCACCCCCAGCCUCUUGUAAUGGCCAGUUUGGUCUGCCAGAUCCCUAUGGGAACAGCUGCAUCUCCGGCUACAUGGGGACAUACUGUAAUGAAUCUUGUCCCUCUGGAAGAUUUGGUGCUGGAUGUACCCAGAUCUGUCGCUGUCAAGCAGGUGAUGAAGCUUGUGACAGAUUUACAGGAGAAUGUACACGGAGUGGAUGUCAAGACGGUUGGUCUGGAACAAGCUGUCAAAAAUCUUCAACUGCAGUGCCUACACCCUCGAUGACUACUGUAGCAGGGCCCACUAUGGCAGAAGUUACCAUAACACCUGGUGGUUCUGAGGAUUCUACCACGGUAUCAACAGCCACCAAUCCAACACCCAUGAGCCUUGUCAGUGUGGUGGUUCCUGUCGUCAUUGUUUUAGUUCUUCUCCUCAUCUUAGUCAUUCUGCUCAUAGUUUUGGUGAAGCGCAUUCGUGAUAAGAAGCAUGCAGAAGUGGAUGGUGGAAGUAGUAUGCAGGGCAAGUUUGAAAGCAGCAAUGACUUAUCCAGCCUUCAAACAAUAGACAACCCCAUCUCCAUCCCCAUGGAGGACAUCAACUCCAACCCCAAUGGGGACGUGGUCCCAGAGACGACCCCCGCAAUACGGCCAGAGUCCAGCGUCAGUCAGAUCUCCACACUGGACAGCAGCUCACCAUUUGCUGGUCUGCCCCUCUAUCCCACCAAGGAGAGGGAACUCAAGAAAGAUCCCAUCCCACUCAAGGACUUUGUGGCAUACGUACGGCAGGCCGUACGGGGCCAUCAGCUCAGAGAUGAGUGGACUUCCUUUCCAGGAAUAGAAGCAAUAUGUUCCUGUGACGUCUCCCAGCUACCUGACAACAAGAUGAAGAACCGAUAUCGGAAUAUACCAGCAUAUGAUCAUUGCCGUGUCAUUCUGGAACAUGACAAGGAUGAUCCCAACUUGGGCUACAUCAAUGCCUGUUACAUCAAGGGUUACAAGAAGGACAAAGCCUACAUAGCAACUCAAGGGCCCAAUCAGGCCACGUUACAUGACUUCUGGAAGAUGGUGUGGCAGGAAAAUGUCCACAUCAUUGUCAACGGAACCAACCUUGUGGAAGAUGGAAAGAACAAGUGCGCCAAGUACUGGCCAGACAUGGAGAAACUUGAAACUUUUGGUGGUAUUUCCAUCAGCUUGGUUAAAGAGGAAACUAGAGGAGAGUACGAAGUCAGGACGAUGAUCAUGUCAAAGAUUGAUGACAACAAAUCUGCACCCAGAAAGAUCCGACAGUAUCAUUACACCACCUGGCCUGACAAGGACGUUCCCAAGGAUGUGACUCCUGUCUUGAGGCUCAUCAAAGAGUUCUCAGAUGCAACACCUGAAGGAGCAGGACCCUAUCUCAUCCACUGCAGUGCUGGUGUAGGCAGGACUGGUGCCAUCAUAGCCAUUCAUGCCUUGCUGCAACAAGCUCACGCAGAGAAGACUCUGGAUAUCUACAACUUUGUAGCUGACAUGAGAGACCACCGUGUCAGCAUUGUACAGACCCCGGUUCAGUACACCUUCAUCCAUCUGGCCUUGCUAGAGGCUCUGUUUUCAGGCGACACCUGCGUUCCUUCAUCUUCCCUGAAGAAGAGGGUGGCAGAACUCAAGAAGAAGAAGAAGAUGGCUGAAGAAUUUGAGCAACUGAACAUGAUCAGCCCUGUGCCCAUUGCCGAGAGAUGCCGUUCUAGCAUGAUGGAAAGCAAUCACAACAAGAACAGGUUGCCUAGUACCCUCGUCCCUGAAAGCUGCCGGCCAUUUUUGAUGACUCCAAGAGAAGAUGGCAUGGAGUAUAACUACAUCAAUGCCGCAUUUGUGGAU